AUACCACAAGGGUUUCGAAAACGCCCAUCCCGAGUCUGACCUCCGAUGUGAUCGGAGGCCUGACUCGGGACAGGAAUUACUUACUUAAAAAGAAUUUAGAAAUUUUGAGUCCAAAAAUUAAAUGGGGGAGGGGAAAGGUUAAAUUUUGUACUGCACCUAUAAAUACAUUUUUAAAAAUAAAAUUAUACUAAAAUAACAAUAUUGAAUAAAUGGCGCAAAUAAUUAUAAUAAAUAAUUAUUUAUAAAUUAUGCUUAGUUGCAGAAAUACAAUUUUGACCAUGAUAACUAUUUUCACGUUCAGAUUGAUAGACGUAAGGCAGCAAAAAAUACCGGAACUGGUUUAGGGUCUGAAUCGAGUGUGACAAAACACAUCGUGUCUCUGCUGGCGGGAACUACAGAUCUUGCAGCAGACGACAAUAGAACAUUCGCUAUAUUUUGAAAGCGCCAGACUUACUAGACCCAGACCCAUAUUCGGUGUGUUUUGGGCCUAAAGUGUUCGGGGAACUGUUUAAUGCAGGACUCGUGAAAGCUUUAAAGAAAAUUAUGGUAGACACUCAGAUGUCAUUUGUAUCACUGACUAAAAUUAUGUCUGAUCCAAUACCCUAUUUUGAUAUCGGAGUACGGUUUUGUGCCAGACUCACUAGACCCAGACCGAUAUUGGGUGUGUUUUGUGCCUAAUGUGUUCGGGGAACUGUUUAAUUCAGAACUCAUGAAAGCCAUUAAAAAAUUAUGGUAGAAACUCGGAUGUCUUUUCAUGAUAUGAAGUAUUACUAACUAAAAUGAUGCGUGAUCCAAUACUCUAUUUUAAUAUAAGAGUACGGUUUUGUGGCUUAGAUGUAUGUGUCUUUACAAGCACACAUGAUCAACUGUUUUUUAUAGUUAUAACUCCAGAUAUCGUACGCGUCCGGCUUUCAACUCUCAGUUUCUCAAUUACUACAUUAGGUUUGACGCAUGUAUAUCAUUUAAGGUAUGGUCGUGUCCAUUAUGGCAGCGCAACUUCGCAUGGUUACAGAAUUUAAAAAAUCGAAGAGUUUAUAGACGACGACUUAAUCCUGUUUUUUGUUUCUUUUAGUGAUUGAACGUUUUAAACAAUGGCCGUGUUGUAGAUGCAUUAGGGAUGGGGUUAUCGUGAAUGCUUGUUGUUGACAAUCCACUAGAGAUUAAAUAAAGGAAUACCAGAUUGUAUGAAAAGCUAGCGAACAGAACAAUGGGGUCCAAUACAAGUUGUAUUACGUGCUCUUAGCCCAGCUUCCUGCUUGGUCUUUUCUUGUAUUAAGUCGAUAAAGUUGGUAAGCAAACUUAAGUGUCCUCAAUUUAUCUCAUUGUAUUUUAUGCUGUACUACUUUAAACAGAAAUUACAUUUUCUUUAUAUUACUAUACCGAGAUAAAGUUAGUCUGGACUACAUUAUAAACAUAUCUGGUCGCGCUUUUCCAGUGACGUCUGCCUGAUGCCACAGAAACAAAACGUGCGUGUAUACUUAUUACGUUCACACAAAACGAGAUCUGAAAGAGCAAGACAGAGUGAUUAACAGCCAGUCUUCCUGAUGGAACAUUUCAAUACACUGUUUCUUAUCGCUGUCUUGCUUGUGAAGAAUCUUGCUUUGGGGAAGUUUAAAACGCAUCCAGGGGACUCUUCUAUGCAGCUGUUUAAAUUUCGCAAACAGCCACGUGAGAGUGUUCUGAUGAAAUUAGAGGACAACACAAAGGUACUCUCGCUGUUGGCUUGUUCGCUGACCUCUCUAGAGGGAGACUGGGAUGGAUUCGCUUACUGUAGGUCAUUCUCGUCGUCCAACUGUUUUCUUUUCACUGCCAGUGGAGUCCCUUAUGCCAAUGCAUUUGCCAAUCUGGUGUCAUGCUCGUUCUAUGUCUAUGACGUGUUGUUAUCCACGCCUGCCGCUAACAGCCCAACAACAGGAUUUUAUCCAGCAGUUACCUCAACUUCUUCGACCUUUUCAUCCAGUUCUACGGAGUGCAUCAACUUGACGGGAGGCGGAUGUGGCUGUCCAAUUGGUGCAACAGACAGUGACUGCACCACAUACAUCCAAGAUUGCGAUGACUAUAAGAAGCUGGGUGGAACUGGCACGAGCUAUAUAAAGAUUAAACCUCAGUCUUGGACGGGAAAUCCGUUUGUUGUUCGCUGUGAAAAGGGCGACACGGUCAUACAGAUGAGAGGGGGCGGGGCGGCGUGCGAUCAGGUGCAGUUCAACGCCUCCUGGGCCGAAUAUAAGGAAGGAUUCGGAAACAUGGAAAAUGGAUGUUUCUGGCUGGGAAACGACAAGAUCGCCAGUUUGACAAAAUACAGAAUAUACAAACUUAGUAUUUAUUCGGACAUUGACGACAGCAAACAGAACCUGGUGGAAUACGAGUGGUUUGUGAUGAAGGACGAGGCCCACAUGUACAGGCUACGGUUCACAUACGUCAAACAACACAAGGGGACGUCCGAUGGUUUGAACAAACCCGGCGGCAUGCACCAGGACUCGACCACCCAAGACUUUCACACCCACGACAACGACAUCAGCGCCUGUGCUGCCACUCACGGCGCUGGGUGGUGGUACGACAACGGCUGUACUUACGGCAACCUCAACGAGAUCGGUGGACCCGUUUGGCCCGUUAAUGGCAAACUCACAACGCUGACGUCUUCGUACAUGCUGUUGACUAAGACUUUUUAAAGGCAUACUCCCCUCCGCCUGUUACCGACCACGGUCGGGCUGCUGGUGCUCACUUGCACCUGCCAGUGCAGGCGGUCCCUCCUUCCUCCCCCCCCCCCCCCCACCUUUCCUGUCCUGGACGGACGAGACGGUCGAGGACAGCUCCUGUGCCCAAGACAGGCGUGCGCUACAACAGCUUGUUCUGAAUGUGCACGUAAAGCCCUAUGACCUGACCUGACCUUAAAGGCAUUGACUCAUAGCACUUAUUAUGUUCUGCUAUUACAGCCUGUUUAUCGUCAAAUUACACAUCGCUUCUUGCUUAACUGAUAAUAAAACUGGAAACCCGUUUGGACCAGACAAUGUCAUGUAUAAUGAACAGAACACUAAAAAAAUCAAAUAUAUGUGAACGGUUUAAAUUGUGAGUUUUGACAAAUUCACAUUAUAUCUGGUCAUCGUUGUGUUUGUAGUACUUAUUGAAAUAAACGAAAUUUACUUUUC